AUGUGCAGCUCGGAGCAGCACCUUGCCUCCAGUUGUCGUUCCUUUAUUAAGACGGAACCGUCCAGCCCGCUGUCUGGCACUGACACAGGGAGCCACCACAGCCCCAGUGCCUCAUCUGAUACCAGCCUGAGCUAUGGCCACAGCCUGCACUCUCCCGCCCUGUUCCUAGCCUCGGCGAGUGUGCCACCCUGUCACAAACAUUUGGAGCCGUGCUCUGGCUCACUCCUGGACGAGUGUUCCUCCAAGUGUGAGUACGUUCUGAACUCUGUGCCCAAGCGGCUGUGCCUGGUGUGUGGCGAUGUGGCGUCCGGCUACCACUAUGGGGUCGCCUCGUGUGAAGCCUGUAAGGCCUUCUUCAAGAGGACCAUUCAAGGUAACAUCGAGUACAGCUGCCCUGCCGCCAAUGAGUGUGAAAUCACCAAACGGAGACGGAAAUCCUGCCAGGCCUGUCGCUUUAUGAAGUGUCUGAAAGUCGGAAUGCUGAAGGAAGGUGUACGUCUGGACAGGGUGCGAGGUGGCCGUCAGAAAUACAAGAGGCGAUUGGAUGUUGAUCACAGCCCAUCCCCCCUUCAGCUGCCAUCGCCAGCCAAGAGACCGCGUAAUCCUUGGGGUGGGGGUGGGGGUUGGGCUGGGGUGGGGUCGGGGUUGGGUAAGAUUGUAUCGCACCUGCUGGUGGCCGAACCUGAGAAGAUUUACGCCAUGCCGGAUCCCACGAUCCCCGAGACCGACAUCAAAGCCCUGACCACACUGUGUGACCUCGCUGACAGGGAGCUGGUCGUGACCAUAGGCUGGGCCAAGCACAUCCCAGGUUUCUCCUGCCUGUCCCUGGGUGAUCAGAUGGGGGUGCUGCAGUGUGCAUGGAUGGAGCUCCUGGUCCUGGGGAUUGUUUACCGCUCGCUACCGUACGAUGAGGAGUUGGUUUACGCCGAGGAUUACAUUGUGGACAGGGAGCAGAGCCGCAGGAUGGGUCUCCUGGAGGUGUACACCUCCCUCCUCCAGCUCACCCACAAAUACAAGAAGCUGCAGCUCGACAGGGAGGAGUUUGUCACCCUCAAGGCCAUCGUCCUCGCUAACUCCGAUUGCACCCAUAUUGAGGAGGUGGCGCGUGUCCAGCUGCUGCAGGAUUCCCUCCAUGAGGCGCUGGUGGAUUAUGAAGUGAGUGAGCACCCGGAGGACCCCCGGAGAGCGGGCAAGUUACUGAUGAGCCUGCCCCUGCUCAGGCAGACCGCCAGCAAGGCCCUGCAACACUUCCACACCAUCAAACUCCAGGGCAAGGUCCCCAUGCACAAGCUGGUCCUGGAGAUGCUCGAUGCUAAAGUCUGA